ACAGCUCAAACCCAAUGAAGAUCACACUCAUCAAAGAUGAAGUUCCAGAGCAUUGUUCUUGUGGCUCUAGCAGUAGUCCUAGCAGUGCAGGCUGUGCCUCACUUUAGACCUGAAGAUCACCAUAGGAUUGAUCACAGGCGUGAGCAUCACAACCACCAUGAAGAAUGGAGACAUGCCCCCCAAGACCAUCAACAUAUAAAAGUAGUACCCUACGUAGAGGCAGACCCAUCUUCACCCCCACCACCACCAAGUGAUGGACCAUCCCCGCCAAGUGACUGGCCAUCCCCUCCAAGUGGCGGACCAUCCCCACCACCACCACCAAGUGGCGAACCUAUCGUUAAAGACGAUCCAUCUUCACCCCCACCACCACCAAGCGAUGGACCAUCCCCACCAAGUGAUUGGCCAUCUCCACCCAGUGGCGGACCAUCCCCACCACCACCACCAAGUGGCGAACCUAUCGUUAAAGACGAUCCAUCUUCACCCCCACCACCACCACCAAGCGAUGGACCAUCCCCACCUAGUGACGGACCAUCGCCACCAUCCCCACCACCACGUCCAAGUGACGAGCCUAUCGUUAAAGACGAUCCAUCUUCACCCCCACCACCACCAAGCGAUGGUCCAUCUCCACCCAGUGGCGGACCAUCUCCACCCAGUGGCGGACCAUCCCCACCACCACCACCAAGCGACGGACCAUCUCCACCCAGUGGCGGACCAUCCCCACCAAGUGGCGGACCAUCACCACCGCCACCACCAACUGAUGAGCCCUCUUUGGCCCCAGAAAGUCAUUCGUGGUUUAAAUCUGUAAAAGGUAUCUUCCGUCUGUAGAGAAGGAAUAUGUUGCUAAUGUAUAUAUAUAAUGUAUAUAUAAUUUUUUCAUCAACAUUAAAGUUAUUAUAUAAUUAAA